ACACAGCACGUUCGCUAGGUUCCUGGUUGUUCGAAAUCGUGUAGUCACUGCGAGUCACAGUGGGGUUGUUACCGCACUCAUUCAAAAUAGUGUACAUUUACAAUAUAUUUCAAAGACGUUGAGGAAGACACCGCAAUUUAUUCAAAAUGUCUAUUAUGUCCUAUAACGGUGGUGCUGUCAUGGCUAUGAAGGGGAAGCAGUGUGUAGCCAUUGCAGCAGAUCGAAGAUUCGGUGUACAGGCUCAGAUGGUCACCACAGACUUCCAGAAGAUCUUCCCUAUGGGAGACAGACUCUACAUUGGCCUGGCUGGCCUGGCCACUGACGUACAGACAGUGUCCCAGAGGCUCAAGUUCCGACUAAACCUGUACGAGUUGAAGGAGGGUCGUCAGAUCAAGCCCAAGACCUUCAUGAGCAUGGUCUCCAACUUGCUCUAUGAGAGGAGGUUCGGGCCAUACUACAUUGAGCCUGUGAUCGCUGGACUGGACCCCAAGACAUUUGAGCCAUUCAUCUGCUCUCUAGACCUGAUUGGCUGCCCCAUGGUGACAGAGGACUUCGUCGUUAGCGGCACUUGCUCUGAACAGAUGUAUGGCAUGUGUGAAUCUCUCUGGGAGCCUGAUAUGGAACCAGAGGACCUAUUUGAGACCAUCUCCCAAGCUAUGCUGAAUGCAGUGGACAGAGAUGCUGUGUCAGGCAUGGGUGUUGUUGUGCAAGUCAUUGAGAAGGACAAGAUAACCACACGAACCCUGAAGGCUAGAAUGGACUAAAACCCCACACCGAUGAUCCUUCUACCCCCCAUCUACCCCUCAUUUUUGUAUGAAAAUUAUACACUGCUUAUGUUUUUCUUGAUACUGUUCAAUAAAUUGCAAUUAGUGUUACAAUGCC